AUGCUAGUGCGGGGCCAGUGUCUGGGGAGGCGUCUGCCUGCCAUUUUGGACACCGUGGCUGGCGCUGAUGAACCUCUCCUCUUCCUCUACCCCCGAUGGGCUGCUUCCGCCCUGCAGCAACGACGACCGAUCGCAUCUGUGGCGUCUACCGCUUCAAUAACGCAUCGUAGAUCUCGAUCAUCCAGCUACUCUUGCCAACCUGCACACUUUAGGGGGGCAAUUGGCGCGAUUCACCCGCCGAUGGAUCUCGACCAGUCCUACGACUUGCGCAGGCCAUUCGUCUGA